CAAAGAAUCAAAGGAGACGUCAUGGCUUCAAUUGAUAAAUCGUGGAUGCAACUUCGAAACAGAUCAUGCUUAGAAUAUUUUAAUGGAGUCGAAAGCUUUCUUGACUAUGCAUUUGCUAAUGUGGUCGAGGAAGACAUGAAGAUUAAGUGCCCUUGUGUAGAUUGUGACAAUUUGUAUAGGAGGGAAAGGACUCAAGUGCAAUCACACCUUCUAUACAGAGGAAUCAAGCGAGAUUAUACCAAGUGGGAGCAUCAUGGGGAGCGUGAUGACCCCACUGAUUCAUCCUCUGAUGAGUUUGAAGAAGAAGAAAACGAGAUGCAGACAGAUGAUAUACAAGGAUUGCUAAAUGAUUUGAGACCACAUUUCGGUUGGGACAAUGAUGGUGUAAAUGAA